GUUAGACGUUUUACCAGUAAAAGAGUUGACUCGAUUAUUGACCUAUUUAUGGUCUGGUAGAUAUAUGGAAACAACGUACUUGCGUUUUCCUUGCCGUCUUUAUGAGUUGACGACGGUUGUGUGUACUCUCUGACAUAAAUAAUCAUGGUUGGAACCAAAACAUUAGACUUCUACACGGUAGAACUGUCGGAUACAGUAGGAGUUUGAAGAAUAAUUGUCAUACUGCAGUGAUUCGUGUAAUAUGAACGGUUGAUAGCUAACGAGUUACAAGUUAGUUAACAGUUAGCUAACAACAGUAGCUCCGAGAAAGCGUGCUAGCUAGCUAACUCUAGCUAGCUACUGUACACCCAGGUCUGUAAAGAUGUUGCAGUGUGUGUCUCGGUCGUGUUUGAGGAACGGGAGAAGCAUCGUAGACUACGUCGUCAGAUACGGCUCUACUCAGACAGCACGAGGUCUGUCGAGCUUGGCCUCCUGUAACACCGUGAGAGCUCCACGUUCCUGGUCGGUUCACCCGGUAACGGACAUCCGCCAAAGAGCCUUCACCGGGUCUGUGUCGUUACAGAGUUCUAGAAGAAUUAGGGAUGCCCCGGAGCCACCGGCCGCCCCCUCCCGCACUGGCCGGGCUGGGAAUGACCUGGGCGGGGAGGACUUCGGAUCUCUAUCCGCUGAUUUUUCCUCCAGACGGGCCUUCCGGAAGACCACCCCAGAGCUGCAGGAGAUGUUGUACCGGGAGGAGAGGCAGGCGGCCGGGCAGGAAGAGGAGAGGGAGCCGGUGGCCUUCAGAUCUAAGACUGGUCGGAGGAACACACAGUACUGGUACUUCCUCCAGUGUAAAAGACUAAUCAAGGAGAACAAGGUACAUCUAUCUCUCUUUAUCUAUCACCCCCUCUCUGGUUCUCUGUCUAUCCAUCGCUCUUUCUGUCUCCUCAUCCUCUGUCACUGUAUCUGACACUUGAGAAAGAGAAGGAGGGAGGGAUGGAUGGAUGGAGGGAGGAUUGGGUAAAGAACUUGUGAGGAUUGGGUAAAGAACUUGUGAGGAUUGGGUAAAGAACUUGUGAGGAAUGGGUAAAGAACUUGUGAGCUUCUACAGUAUAAAGAUACAAUCUAGUUGUCAUGUUCUGUAAUUACCUCUAUUUACCUCUGACUUUAACCCCUUACAUCUAACCCUCAGCUGUCAGAGGCCCUGUCCAUGGUUGUGUUCCCCUGCUCAGACGUUGCAUGCAUCAACUAAUGGUUGCGUGAAACGUCAUCGACUGUGCCGACAGCCACCAGAUUGCUAUAACAUGAUGUGGUUAGCUGAUACUUAAAAUACCUAUCCAGACGUUGUAAGGUCUGGCAUGCAGGGGAACAUAACCCAUGCAUGAGGCUGAGAUGCUGGAUGGAGAGAGACUCCAACCUGAAGAGUAGGCUAUAACUACACUACUCUGACUCCUAACCUCUGACCCCUAACCCCCAGCUGUUCGAUGCUCUGUUUAUAUUCCAGAGUGAUAUGUUGGAGGGAGAGAGUCUCCAGCCUGAAGAGUAUAACUACACUAUUGUGACCUCUAACCCCCAGCUGUCUGAGGCCCUGUCCAUGUUCCAGAGGGAGAGAGGCUCCAACCUAAGGAGUAUAACUACACAGCCCUGACCUCUAACCCCUGAUCUCUAACCCCUGACCCCAACCCACAGCUGCCGGAGGACCUGUUCAUGUCAGGCCCCCAAUGUUCGUUCUGGAGCGUGAAGUCACGGGCUCUGUUGGUCAGCUACUGCGUAACAACCUAGCGGUGCCAAAAGCACUGAUCUGCCCUAGAAAGCCUAUGUAAAUUACGAUCGCCAGAAAGGCCAAACAUUUUUAUUUUUGCGGUUAUGGUAUGAAGGUUUGGCUUGGAAAAGUUAUUUCACCUGGUCACAGAAAGGCCCCCAUUUUUUGGGGGGUGCCCGUUUUGGGCUCCAAAAUUAGUUUAGCAUGAUCAAGUUCGAUCCCCACGGUGAAUCCUUUAAAAGUUUGCUACAAAUUAAGAUAUUUAAUUAAAUAGUGAUCCAUUCUGACUACUACAUUUGUCGUCACACAGGACGGCAGGCUACAAGGAGGCUCCGGUUGACUCUCUCAGGCAGGAUGAAAACGACUACAUCUACCAUGAUCCUUUGCUAGUUACGGCCACUUUCACCAUGAUCCUUAGCAUUUUUUGGAUGCCAUUCAGCAAUAUGGCACACUUCAAAUACGUCUUGCGCCAUCUGGAGUAUUCCAUAGGAAUACUUGGAUGAUGUCAGCGCUAUCACUAUCUACUGGUUUUAAUGUCUAUGGUUCAUGUUCCUGUGUGAGAUGUUGGAGGGAGAGAGGCUUCCAAUCUGAAGAGUAUAACUACACUGUUCUGACCUCUAACCCCUAACCUCUAACCCUCAGCUGUCUGAGGCCCUGUCCAUGUUCCAGAGUGAGAUGUUGGAAGGAGAGAGACUCCAACCUGAGGAAUAUAACUACACUGUCCUGAUAGGAGGCUGUGGACGGGCAGGACAACUCAAACACGCCUUCAAACUCUACAACGACGUACGUAUAGAGACCAGACACACACACACCCGUGCACACACACACACACGAGUUUCCCUUAGGAUUCUUUUCAGCAAUGGUGGCGAAGUUAGCGGGUGAGGGAGAUAGUGAGCAUGGCCAAUGGCAUGGUUUUAGAGGCCCUCCUCUUGGCCUCAGAGACAAAAUGUUGCUGUUUUAAAGUAAAGCAAAUUUUCUGCAAUUAUACACAUUUUGCUAUGGCUUAUGCUAUCUAAGUGACUCAAGCAUUAUAACAAAAUCAAUGGAGCUCCCAUACCAUGAAGUUUUUUUACAUUUUAGAUUCUCCCUGACUGUCUAGUUUUUAUUUAGGUGAUUGUUAGUUCUAAGAGAUUAUCUCAUUAAAAAAAUAUAUUGCUCCAUUAUCUUUUCUACAUACUUUAUACCUAGUGUUAGUCAUUUAAGUUUACACUGAAAACGUUUUACCAUCCCAUAAAUGUAUAAAUUGUAUUUAUUUAUUUUUGCAGCGGUGGCCACAAUUUAGCAGUGGUGCACUAUAGGGGAAACACUGCACACUGUACACGCACAGUGACACAAAUGCACACAGAGACUCCCUCACCCCCAGAUGAUGAUAAUUAUGGUGUAUGUGUUUAAUGUGGUGUGUUUGUGUGUGUGACAGAUGAAGAAGAGAGGUCUGGUUCCUAGCGACGCCACCUACACCGCUCUGUUCAACGCCUGUGCCGAAUCACCACGGAAACCGUCCGGGCUGCAGCAAGCCAUCCACUUGGAACAGGAGCUGCGGAGGAAGAACCAUCCCCUCAGUGACAUCACAUACCACGCCCUGCUGAAGACACACGCCCUCACCAACCACCUUCGAGCAUGUUUACACACACUACGGGUAACUCUAAUCCCUGACCUCUAACCCUUACCCUCACCAAACACCUCCGAGCCUAUGUACACACACUAACCCUUGACCUCUAUCCCCAGAUCAGUUAGACAAUAAAAACACAAGACAAUAUUCGAUUGAAAUUAAAAACGAGACUCAAGACACCAAGAUACAAUAAGUGUGUUUCUCUUUCUCUAUGAGAUAUUCAGGGCCUUUGUAGAGCCAAACAAAGUGUGUGUUUGUUUGUUUGUUUGUAGGACAUGCUACAGGCUGGUCAUGCAGUAACUCAGGAGACCUUCCACUUCCUGCUGAUGGGCUGUGUGAGAGACAGAGACGCUGGCUUCAGACAGGCCCUGCAGGUAACACACACACAUGUUUUCACACUUCAAACUUCUAAAACUGUCUUGUGUGUGUGUGUGUGUGUGUAUAAUGUGUGUUUGUGUUAGGUGUAUCGUCAGAUGUUGAGGAUGGGGAUUCGUCCCGACAUCCAGAACUACAACCUGCUGCUCCGCGCUGCUAGAGAUUGUGGGGUAGGUGACCCCGCCGUGGCCUCCGCCCUGCUGCUGACCUCUGAUUGUGGCCAGGGAGGUCAAGCGGUAAAGGUCAUGGGUCAGGGUUCAGCUCCGCUGGAUGUCGACGCUCUGGAGAGUCAGCUGUUCACACAACACCCCGACAACGGCCUUAGUCACCAUAGCAACCGCUUCGGUCACCAUAGCAAUGACCCCAGUCACCAUAGCAAUGACCUCAGUGACCAUAGCAAUGACCCCAGUCACCAUAGCAUUGACCCCAGUCACCAUAGCGACCUGAACAGUAGUGUGGUCGUCCCGGUAACAACCCAACUGGUGAUGGUGAGGAAGGGAGGAGAACAAGAGGCUCCCAUUGGCUCUCUCCCCUGUCUGUCAGCAGCCAGCACCCGCCCCCCCAACCUGCUGGACCUAUCAGUGGGCAGGGCUGGAGAGGGGUGUGUGGUCUCGCUUGGUGCAGUGAGUGGUGCGUUCGAUAGGCUGGCGCUGAUGGGCGGGGCCCAGGGCUUCCUGGACAAGAUGGCCACCGCGGGGCUCUGCCCAGACAUCAGAACUCUCACACUAUUAGCCGACAUCAUGGAGCCCGGCAGCCAAUCACUGCACAGCCUGCUGGCGGUCGCUAAGCAACACGGGGUGAAGCUGGACGCAGCGUUCUACAACAGUGUGAUCCGCAGGGCAGCCCGCGCUGGAGACCUACAGGAGGCUAAGGUACACACACACUUACUAUGUAUACACACAGACCUGAGAGGAAUACUACAUUUCAAACCAGAUCUACUCAGGGUUUUACUAAAGCUAGCCAGCUUCAGUUAGCUUCACGUUCCAGCUCAGGCUUCAUCAGUACUACAACGCUGGAUAUUGCUUGUCCGCCUGCCGCUAACUCUAGCAGGCUUGUAACUGCACGUGCAUGUCGCACAUGGCUAGUAGAACGCUGAACUCUUCAUUAAGACAAUGCUGAAACAUCAAUCCAUGGGCGAGUCAUUGCCACAUUUGUAUUUGUGCUGAAAGCAAAAUGAAAGAAAAGUGAUCUUGCAAAUUCAGCAGGCUAUGGUGUGAAAUAGGUUUGUUGAAGUGCUGUCUUGAUUUUAUUACUUAUCGUUAAUGCCGUCUUUGGUGUGCUUUAGUAUGCUUAUCAAUGCACAAGCACCUUUUUCCCCCAGUCCUAUCAAUAAAAUAACAAGUUUUACAGUGCGUGAAGUUUCAAAUGCAUUCUGUCAUUACUAAAUGUGCAAUGUGAUAGGUAUUUUAACAUGCCAAUUUCUAACACAAAACAUUUGAUUAAUAAAAUAUUUAAUUAGUCUUCCUCAAAUGAAGGGGAUGAUGACGCAAUCUUUGCGAGAGGGAGGGAAUCUGAGGGAUGUAGCUCAGUUGGUAGAGCAUGGCGUUUGCAAUGCCAGGGUUGUGGGUUUGAUUCCCACUGGGGGCCAGUAUGGAGAAAAAAAUAUAUACUAAAAUAAAAAUAAUGUUGCUCUAAUAUAUCAGAGGAGGCUGGUGGGAGGAGCUAUAGGAGGAUGGGCUCAUUGUAAUGGCUGGAAUGGAGUAAAUGGAACAGAGUCAAAUGUGUGGUUACCUGGCUAAAAGGUGAGCCCCUUUCGUGGGAUCGGUUAUCCCAGAGUUAAACUCAGUUGACCAAAGUUACCACACUUAACUCCUCAAACCACUUGCGUAGUAUAGGGCUCUUAGGUUUUACCAAUGUUGUUGCAAGGUGUGUAUGUUUUCUAACUGCGUGUGUGUCUGUGUGUCAGGCGGUGAUGUGUGUGAUGCAGGAAAGACAUGUGCGUGCAGAUGUACGGACGUACGGCAGUCUGGCUCUGGGCUGCAACAGACAGACAGAUGCCCUACAGCUGCUGGGGGACAUGCAGGUAACACACACCAACCUCCCUCCCUUCCUUGUGUGAGGGGAUUCGAUUACGCUGCCCCGGGUUGAACUGAGCUAUGGCCUGUCAUGUGACCGGGCGAAGCUAGGUGAGAGAAGCCCACCCUGCUGCUCGGUCAAAUUGUCAACAAUGCAGCAUGAUGCAUAGUUCAAACAUACAACUCCUUUCCAUAAAAUAUAUUUUUGAAUUUUCACACUAGUUUUCAUUGACAUGGCAGGUAGUGUUUUUAUCAGAGCAAUCACUUUUGCAUGUGAAAACACAAUCCUACUCAUUACUCCACGUGCCUCAGCCGAAUUCAUCGUCGGCCAGAACGGGACUCCCGUCUCUCACCCGGGAGGCAACCCGGUUCCAAAACGAAUGCAAUCAUCCGGGCCAGCUUAAUAGAAUCCCCUCUGUGUUUCCUGCAGGCGGCGGGGGUGCGGCCCAGUGUGCAGGUGUUCUCUGCUCUUAUUGGUUGUGCCAGCAGGAGGCUGGACUAUGUGUAUCUGAGGGUGAUGCUUAGAGCCAUGAGGGAACACAACGUCCCACCUAAUGAGAUCAUCAUCAUUCAGCUAGAACACGCCUCCCAGUACCCACCCAACUAUAACCAGGUAGGGAGGAGAGGGUGUGUACGAGUGCGUGCGUGUGGUAUAUAAUCAUGUACAUCUCUUUGUCAUUACAAGUGCAGAAACAACAGAGAAUGUGUUUGAGUCUCACAUCUCUCUCUCUUUCCCUACCCCUCUCUCGUUCUCCCUCUCUCUCAGUAUAAGUUUAGGAACACCUACCUGUCUCAGAUUGAUGGUUUCCGUGGCUACUACCAGCAGUGGCUGACCACCAUGCCCGCCCAGGAGACAGGAGGACCUGAGAGAGACCACCCUACAGAGACGAGACAAGAUGGACACCAGCAGGCAGCAGUGGCAGCAAGACGAUACCGCAAGCAACACAGCUGA